AACUGUUGACGGCGUUGACGCGUGUCCUUAGCUGUUGAAGCGUCUCAAUCGAAAUUUAAUAAUUACAAAUUAUUACCGAAAUAAAUAAGCAUGUCCGGGCACAAUGUUAACGUGUGUGAUAUAGGAGACGACGUAAAGGAAAAACUGAAGAAGUUCCGCUUCUCUAAACACAAUGAAAAUUGUGCUUUAAUACUGAAGGUAAACAGAGAAAAGCAGAUGCUGGAGGUGGACGAGGAACUGGAGAGUGUGGAGCUAGAGGAGCUGCAAGAUAUAUUGCCGUCUCACCAGCCACGCUUCAUUGUAUACAGCUACAAGAUGGAACACGAAGAUGGCCGCACGUCGUUUCCGAUGUGCUUCAUAUUCUACACUCCGAGGGACGCACACAUGGAACUUCAGGUGAUGUACGCGGGCACCCAACGCGCCCUAGCGGCCGCCGUCGGGGCCCCGCGGCUGCUCGAAGUGAGGGAGAUAGACGAACUCACCGCUGAUUGGCUUAAAGAAAAGCUUUCCAGGUAGACGUAACGAAGUACAGCACCUUGGUAUACACUGUUAACUGACGGUUAUUAGACCACCCCACACUAGUGUCUCCUGAGCGUCUCGAGCGUCCGCGUUUAUAGUCUGUACCUUUAGUAAUUUAAAAGAAUAUUUGUGGUAUAUUCUAUAAAAAGGGACCUUAUUGUCGAUGGCGCUUACGCCAUUAUAAACGAUGCUCCGAUAUAAAUACGAUGCCGCUCGACG